UUCCGCAGCCGCAGCCAUUGAGGAACAACAGCCAUGGCUCUGCGCUACCCGAUGGCCGUGGGCCUCAACAAGGGCCACAAGGUGACGAAGAACGUGAGCAAGCCAAGGCACAGCCGCCGCCGCCGCGGGUGCCUCACGAAGCACACCAAGUUCGUGCGGGACAUGAUCCGAGAGGUGUGUGGCUUUGCCCCCUGUGAGCGGCGUGCCAUGGAGCUGCUCAAGGUCUCUAAGGACAAGCGGGCCCUGAAAUUCAUCAAGAAAAGGGUGGGGACACACAUCCGUGCCAAGAGGAAGAGAGAGGAGCUGAGCAAUGUCCUUGCAGCCAUGAGGAAGGCAGCAGCCAAGAAGGACUAAACCCCAUCACAUGUAAUAAAAUCUGUUC